AUGUUUGUCUGUGCUCGCGCCCAAGGAGGCUCAGAGGACGUCCAUGCGCUCCCCGAUUCAUUGAACGCCUCCUUGUCCACUUCACAGCGCGCGUCACGUGACUCCUCGCUCUCUGUGGCUAUCGACGACGCAUCUUCUUACCUCCAACUUUUGGGCGCGUUGACGCGAUUCGUGGCGCAGCUACUGGACGUUCACACUUUGUCCCCCUCAUUACGAUUCUCAGCGGGCGAGUCGGUUGCAGUAGACGCUGCCGAGUGGUGGAAGGAGGUUCAGAGGCAGAGUAUUGCGCUCUCGCAGCGACAAAAAAUUGCCCAAGAGGCCCACAGAGACACAGAGGAGCCCACGGCCCGCAGAUUGUGGCUUCUAAGCCCUCGGACACGGGAAAAGUCACCGGUACGGGAGUCCAGAGUCAUUAAUAACAAUUUAUGGGCGGGUGAGGCCUUCAAGGACCUUCCGGAACACGUUCCGAAGGCCAAUUUCUUCAUGCAGGCGCUUUAUCUGAUAAUGCGAGCGUUGGAGAGAGCCACAAGGAGGCAACAGGGACGCAUAGAGGAGGACUCCGUGCUCGGGGAGACACUGGUGGACGCUCUGGCCAGUGUGGACGCAGCGUUGGCGUUUGCAGCUGCCGAGUUGCUGCAACUUUGGGCGCCUGUGAGCCACAAACGCGUCGUGGAUUCCGCAGAGAAGUUGUCCAAACUCAUGAACGUGGCGGUGGUGAACGCUCUGCUACAGCCACGCAAUGUCGGUACAAAGCACACGUUCCAUGGACACAUUUUGCUGCCAUCGAUGCCGCUACGCGCGUUUCUAGGGGCAAAGCAGUGGGCAUGCUCCGUUUGCGAGCGUAUUUCGCAGACCACAGGUAGUGACGCGCCCUGUGUGUAUCGCUGCGCCGCGUGCAACUUCAAUCUGUGUCGAGAGUGCUUCACGAGGAUCCCUAACGUGACGAACCCGCCUGCUAGCAGUCCGCUUGAAGAGCUGACCAAACUGACGUCCGACCGCUUCUUCUCGUUGGUCGUACCGCAGUUAAAACACGAGACGGGGAAGGUGGUGGUUCGUCAGAUCACACAGGAACUGCGACGACGAGUGCUGGAGCUGUAUCCUCAUAAUUUCCAGGGAGCGGCAGAGUUUGCGCAGCUAUUUCUCAGAUUAGCAGCGUCGGAUAAAAGCGCAGCCAUCGCUCUAGUGACGUCUCCGCCAGCGUCCGUUCCUUCGUCGGGAAGAGCAACAUGUUCGUGGUUCCCGUUGUUCAUGCGCACGUGGACCAUGUCGCUGAGUACGCUGCUAGGACCUUUUCUGCGGGCUUCUACCAUGCUGGACGAGACUCACGACCUCGACGCGGCUGUACGAGCUGCAAACCAUGGCUCAGUAGUGGCUGAUUGUCUACGUGCACAGUGGACCAGUGGCUACGCAGAGUUGCGCGAGACCUUGCAGAAUAUCAUGCAGACUCUACUGGCAGAGGGGCAAGACCCAAUCGUAGUGGAUGCGACGCUGUGUUGGCUUGCACUCGCGCUAAUGACAGCGGAUCCGCGAAGACGAUUGAACUACGACGCUCACGAGAGACUGGAUGGCUUUCUAGUGAACGUGACGACGAUGCUACUUGCUCAUGCGCUUCCUCUACUGGACAAAGCUCAGCAUGACCCAAGUCGGAUCGAUGCUAGUUACCAUCAGAGUGUGGAGCCCGUACGUGUGUAUGCGAGCAAGGACUUCCCGGAGGUGCCGCUCCACUACUCUCGUAGUCAAGACACGCAUAACGAGAACGCUGCGGGUGUUGAAACGUGUGAAAUUAAGGCUCGUGAUGAGGAUGCUAUUGCUGCGUACAACAAGCGGAGGCAACAGGAGCACGAGGAAGGAGAGAGAGCAGUGCCGUCUACGUACUAUCCUCGACUCUCGUGUCACGAAGGCGUCGUGUGCGACCAGUGCGAGUUCCCGAACCUUCAUGGAGUGCGCUACAAGUGUGCGUUCUGUGGAGACAUGGAUUUAUGCAGCGACUGCUUCGAGAUCUUCCGUUCCCAUCAAGCAGCUCCUGACUCCGAGUCGGAAUCCGAGUCGAUUCUGCACAGUCCGGACCACGUUUUCCUUCGCAUUGAAUCGCCGAUCCCUGUGUUCGCUUUGAAGCACUUCCAGUCUCUUCCUGUGGAGUGUCUGACGAGCAAGCACAAGGGCGAGUCGUGUUCUGUACUGGACGAAGGCUUUGAGGGGUCGAGGAUACAUUGUGCUGACUGCGGAGACGCGUUGGGAGCCAGUGGACAGCCAGACGAGGUGUUCUACAAGUGCGCCAACUGCUUGUCAAGUCGUGUCGUGUGUGCUGCUUGCCUGGCACGCGAAGAGAGGCUGAGUGAGGGCAACCCGAACGACAUGCACGCGCCUGGACAUGUCUACUUUGUAAUUACCGACCCCUGGCGGCGUCAUCUGUCCGUUCCUUGGGACUAUGUGCUGGGAAAGUUACACUUCCGACGAUUGUUACAUCCACCGGCACUGAUCCCGCGUCGUCGCUUUCCUCGUGACACUGAGAUGUUCUACAUUACGCUCAAGUACCUGCACUUCGGUCCGCUUGCGACGUUGUCUCGAUGGCUCGGUAUGACGAAGGAACUCCGGGAACUGCAAGCUUUUUGUGCCUGUGACGAGGAGCGGUUCGAGCUGGAGAGACACCAGAGAUCAAGUCGGAAUGGCUCGCAGCGUCAAACGCUCAAGCCAUCUGUGCACUACAAGGCCAGCAAGUCUCGUCUCGAGGACAUUCGCGUGAAGUGUGUCAAGGUGGAGUUGCACUUGCUAGCAAGCGCUAAUGUAGCGGGGUGGCUGAUAUUCUACGCACGGACGUGUCGGUGGCUGCUGUACUCAGCCUCUGCAGCUCCUGAGACUGGGAAAGCACCGCAAGAUCCGUUCAGUGAGCCGAUCUCUCACUUCUCGUCCAUGUUCAGUGGGUUUCCUGAGCAUUUCUUCUUCGAUCUAUGCGACGUCGUGCACCUCUUGGGGCUCGAAAGAUUGGAGUACCGUGAUCUCGUGAGCGAGCUGAAGAGAACCAGGCCACCCUGUGAAGCAGUGGACGAAGUUACUGAAGUUGUGGAGCCUCUACUGGUGAUGCUGACUCAGAUAGUGGUCGCUCCAAAGUUCACCAAGAACCCGCAUCUUCGAAUCGAAGCGCUGCGCUCUCUCACGACUCUAGUGACGUUCGUAUCCAAGGGUCAACAAGUACACCAUCGUCCGGGAUAUCAACGGAUCGAGUCGUUGUUCAAGAGCCACAGACUCCUGUCGCAGUGCCUGACUCCUGGUCUUCUACAGUUCCAUGCCGAUAUGGAUCGCUACAAUGCCAGCAACAACGGUCUGGCCUUCACUAGUGCCGUGUCCAGUGGAGAUCACAUGCUGUGGGGCUUUCUGCCCACUCGACUCUCCGUGACGAUGCUGCUGCGGUAUCUGUGGCAAGUACCGAGUGCUCGCCAGAGUCUUCUGCAUAUGCUGAGCACGUCCGAGACUCGGCAUACAUCAGUAUCUGCAGAGCCCAGUACCGACAGUACCCAGCAGCUCACAGAGCUUGUAAGUGGCUUAUGGAGUGAUAUCGCCAAGCUGUUCGACGAGGCCAACAACAAGAUCACAACUCUGCGGCAGAUUCACGAUCUCCUUGAAGAUUCGCUGGACGGGAGCGUCGUGGUGCUGCCUUUCCGACGCGAUAUGCUGGAUGGGUACGUGGCCAUCAACGCAAAGCACUUGCGUCUGACCAUGCGUCUGCUUCUAGAGGCGCUGGAGUCGACGUCCUGGUUCGCUUCGAUUGUCAGUGGGGAGAGAAGCUUCCGUUCGCGAUCUCUAUCGGCUCCCGCUGCAGCGCUACGGCACGUCUUGUUACAGCCUCUCGUCGUGGAACAAGCAGCGCGUACGCUCAGUUUCCUCGUGGCUUCGUUGGCGAGUGCACACGAAGAAAACGAGUGGAAGUUCUCGUUGCCACUGGUGGACGACGGGAGAUUGCUGCUGGCUCACUUGAUUGUUCUCGUGGUACGUUAUGCCGGUCACAGCGCGGUCAAGUCUGGAGCUUCUUCAGGUGCUUGCUCGCCUUCGUCCUUCUGGAAGAUGAUUCGGUCUGGUGGCGAUAUCAUGGCCAAACGAGUAGGAGACUUGGACACGCAUGUACGUUGGGGGUUCAACGCUUUAUGUACGCGAAUGGAGUCGGAGAGUUAUCUUGGCACAAGUUUGGAUGACGACGUGGAAGAUAUACGGGUAGAAACUCAAGCAGGACACGAAUUGGAUGAGGACGAGGCGCUCGCUCUGCUCGAGAAGCAAGCUGUGUCGAGUACCGUCUCUGUUGUGGAUACUGCGGCGAAGAAGCGGCUGAGUAAGCGCUUCAUCGCGACGCUGGCCAAGGACGGACGCUUCGACUUCAGGCUUUUUGUUGGCGGCUGUCGCUUCUUACGGCCGCAGCGUGGAAGCUCUGAUAACUCUGAUGAGAGAGAAGAUGUGGACGAAGGUUAUCUGUAUCUGGACGACGCGUGGGUUCAGCAGUUCGUCCGUGCGAUGCAAGAAGCGGAUGAGAUGAUCCACGUCCAAGAGGCCAUGGAGGCUUGUCUUGGAGACAUCCCGGACCAGUAUCUCGACCCGCUACUCAGCACGCUAAUGACGGAUCCUGUACGUUUGCCGUCCGGUAACAUCGUCGAUCGUGCUGUAAUUGCGCGGCAUUUACUGGCGUCUUCGCAACAAGGAGGCAGCACUGGAAGAGACCCGUUCACGCGUGAGCCGUUGACGAUGGCGAUGGUGGAGCCAUGUGAUGCAUUACGGUCGGAGAUUCAGAUGUAUCUACGGACCAAGAUGCGCCACUUCCGUCAAACUGCAAGAGAAGAUGUACUGGCCACGUGGGGACUCGGUUGGGACGUCUUGUUCGAUAGCAGCAGCGAGACGGAGGCAGAUGCUGAGGACGGCGUUGAUGGCAAUAAUGCCACACUCCGGUCGCAGUGA